CGGGUGGCCUAAAACUGCCUAUCACAAUAUUGUAUGUAUUCGAUGUUGAUGUUGUAAUGGCUAAGUUACAGGAGGGAGGAUCUAGCUUUAUAUACAUGUUGGUACCCCACAUAUGACACUGCCGCAAGGCGUAUUUUGGCGCAAUACACCCCGUUAGGUUCGUCUGUAGGUCAUGGAUGUGCUCCAAAGUUGCCGUGUAAAUCGGAUGUGAUAAAUAUUAUCUGCUGUAACUUCAUGAUGCUUUUUCUUCCCUUUACGGUAUGAAGCUAGAGAGAAGGGACGGAUCUACGUUUCUUUUUGGUGUAAAACCUGGUUCCUCGAGUUGGGAAAGAUGGUCUGUUGUCGAAGCCGAGCUCCCCCCGAGUCCGAAAGCGUUCUACUACGAAAUGCCAUCUCAUUGGGAAGACCACAACACCCUGCAAUCCGAAAAAUGAAAGAAGAUCGCGAUACUGUAACCUCAUUCGCAAGGAAACGCAGUUAAUUAAUUAAUAAACUUGUUUACUAGUAUCGAUUAGGAUACAGAGUCAUUGACGACUUGUCAGCCCCUCCUUAUAUAGCGAUUAUGAUUUCUAGUAUGCUCUAGGAAAAUUACAUUUUCUAUCAUCUUUACCUCAACGUUCCCACCAGACCGAAUUCUAGGAUGCGAAGAGAUAUGAUAACAGAUUCGAUGAUGGAAUUGCUAAACCCGACUUCUCCUACUAUUGCUAUCCUUGGCGCUGGUAUAGGUGGUUUAGCCCUUGCUAUUGGACUGAUAAAGCGCAAUGUUCCAGUUACCAUUUACGAAGCUGCAGAUCGUUUCUCAACGGUAGGCGCUGGCAUUGGCUUGGGGCCGAACUCCUUGAAUGCCAUGGAUGUGAUUGAUCCGAGGUUCCGAGAGAGAUAUGAAAAGGUGAAGACGCAAAACGAGAAGCCGGAGUUCGAGCAUAGCAUCUUUGAUGCGUUGUACGCCGAAGAAGGCUUCGGUGAAAAGCGGGGGUGGACCCGAGGUCUCAUCGGCGCUCCUUACUUUACGCGGAGUAGUGCCCACCGCCGAGACUUGUUACAUAUCAUGGAAAGCUUUAUCCCUGAAGGGAUCGUCAAGUUCGGGAAGCGAGCAUACUCAGUUGAGCAAGUAGACAGUAAAGUCUUGAUAAGAUUUCAGGAUGGCACAGUAGAAGCAGUCGACGCAGUUGUGGGUUGCGACGGAGUGAAAGGGAUUACUCGCCGAACCGUUUUGGGUGGCAUUGCGCCCGAAGAAGUCCAACCGACGUUCUGUGGUAUGUAUAUCUAUAGAGGCAUCAUACCAAUGCAAGAGGCAAAGAAAAUCUUGGGAAACCACGCCGGUGAUGCGAAAUUUUUCAUGGCUAAGAGGAAAGCCGUGGUCGUCUAUCCUAUUUCACAGGGCAGAGAAGCGAAUUUUGUAUUCUUCGUUUCAAAGCCUUGCCCUUGGACUUUUGGGGAUAACGCGGUACCUUGUACGAAGGAGGAGAUGCUGGAAGAUCUAGAGGGGUUCGACCAUAGACUACCAAAACUCCUAGACUACGCUAGACCUCUGAGGUGGCCGACAUGGCAUCAUCCCCAGACAUCCACAUUCUACAAAGGACGGGUGUGCUUACUAGGUGAUGUUGCGCAUGCUUGCAGUCCUCACCAGGCUGCUGGAGCCGGUCAGGGAUUAGAGGAUGCUGCCGUCCUCUCUCAUCUACUUGCUCUGGUUAAGACUUCCGAUGAGAUUGAGGCCGCGUUUCAGAUAUAUGACGCGAUUAGACGGCCAAGGGCGCAGAAAGUCGUCCAAACGAGUGCCGAAGCCGGACAGAUUUACACAUGGCAGGCUCCAACGAUCGAAGAUGAUAUGCAUAAGAUUGUUGAAAAUGCGAACCAGAGGUUGCAUUGGAUUUGGCAGCAUGAUCUUGAAGCAGAUAUCAAAAAGGCCGAAUAUGACUUCCACAGGUUAGUACGGGGACGACCAGGCAUAUUACAGAAUGGUGACCCAGCUAAGAGCGUGUCUAUUAUGAGGCGUGCGGGUUUAGGCGCCUCCAACACCAUUCAGUGUACGCAGCUAUUGUCUUAGGUAUGGAUCUAUCAGAUAUCAAACUACCUUACAGAUCAUGCUGUGCCGCAUCUAUGUAUGCCCGCGUGUGCGUAGCGGCACAGUGAGCAAGUGGCACGUUAGAUUUAUAGGUACCUAACCCAGCAACAAACCACCAUAUUCUUAAUUCGGGGGAUGCGGGCGUCCACCUGUUUUAAGAUAGUUACCUACGAAGU